GCUGGUGCCAUGGCGUCGGCAGGUGCGAUCGCAGCAAGUGGAGCGCUUCCGGCGCUCGCCGAGGAGGAGGGCGGCUUGCUGAAUUUUGGCAAGAUCGAGCUUGGGGGCGGCUUCGGCCUCAACCUGAACAUCCCGGAGAUCAACUUGAUCAAUAUCUCAAUCCUUGUCGCUGGGCUCUUCUACUUCCUCGGCCCCGUCCUGGGUGAGUCCAUGGCCUCCCGCGAGAAGGAGAUUCAGUCCGACAUCGAUGAUGCGAUCGCCAAGUACAACGAGGCCACUGCACGCCUGGCGGAGGCGAAGAAGGCCAAAGAACAGGCUGACCAGGUUGUGAAGGAGAUCAAUGACAGCAUCUCCAAG